AUGAAGGAGAAUAAAGAAAAUUCAAGCCCUUCAGUAACCUCAGCAAACCUGGACCACACAAAACCAUGUUGGUACUGGGAUAAGAAAGACUUGGCUCAUACACCCUCUCAGCUAGAAGGACUUGACCCAGCCACCGAGGCCCGGUACCGCCGAGAGGGGGCUCGGUUCAUCUUUGAUGUGGGCACACGUUUGGGACUACACUAUGAUACCCUGGCAACUGGAAUAAUUUAUUUUCAUCGCUUCUAUAUGUUUCAUUCCUUUAAACAAUUUCCAAGAUAUGUAACAGGAGCUUGUUGUCUCUUUCUGGCCGGGAAGGUAGAAGAAACACCCAAGAAAUGUAAAGAUAUCAUCAAAACAGCUCGGAGUUUAUUAAAUGAUGUACAAUUUGGCCAGUUUGGAGAUGACCCAAAGGAAGAAGUAAUGGUUCUGGAGAGAAUCUUACUACAGACUAUAAAGUUUGAUUUACAGGUAGAACAUCCAUACCAGUUCCUACUCAAAUAUGCAAAACAACUCAAAGGUGAUAAAAACAAAAUUCAAAAGUUGGUUCAAAUGGCAUGGACAUUUGUAAAUGACAGCCUCUGCACGACCUUGUCACUGCAGUGGGAACCAGAGAUCAUAGCAGUGGCAGUGAUGUAUCUCGCGGGACGUUUGUGCAAAUUUGAAAUACAAGAAUGGACCUCCAAACCCAUGUAUCGAAGAUGGUGGGAGCAGUUUGUGCAAGAUGUCCCUGUGGAUGUUCUGGAAGAUAUCUGCCAUCAAAUCCUGGAUCUAUACUCACAAGGAAAACAACAGAUGCCUCAUCACACGCCUCAUCAGCUGCAUCAGCCCCCAUCGCUCAACCCCACACCACAAGUGCCACCAGUGCCACCGUCACAGUCGGCUCAAGGCCCUGAACCACCGCAGCCCCCACAGAAGGACCCGCAGCCAUCAACCCAGCCGCCACCACCACCACAGCCAGUCCAGCAGCCCAAGAAACCGUCCCCACAGCCUAGUCCUCCCCGCCAGGUGAAGCGAGCCACGGUGGUUUCUCCCAAAGAAGAGAACAAAGCAGCAGAACCACCACCACCUAAAAUUCCCAAAAUAGAGGCCACUCACCCUCCAUUGCCUCCGGUCCACCCACCGCCUCCAGACCGGAAGCCUCCCCUCUCGGCUGCCUUAGGUGAGGCCGAGCCACCAGGCCCUGUGGAUGCCACUGAGCUCCCCAAAGUCCAGAUUCCUCCUCCGGCCCACCCGGCCCCUGUGCACCAGCCACCACCGCUGCCACACCGGCCACCACCACCGCCACCCUCCAGCUACAUCACCGGGAUGUCCACGACCAGCUCCUACAUGUCUGGAGAGGGCUACCAGAGCCUGCAGUCCAUGAUGAAGACCGAGGGCCCCUCCUACAGCACCCUGCCCCCUGCCUAUGGGCCUCCAGCCCACCUGCCCUACCACCCCCAUGUCUACCCCCCCAACCCACCCCCACCACCGGUGCCCCCUCCCCCAGCCUCCUUCCCCCCACCUGCCAUCCCACCCCCGACUCCCGGGUACCCUCCACCUCCACCCACCUACAACCCCAACUUCCCACCCCCACCUCCACGCUUACCCCCCACCCAUGCCGUACCUCCUCACCCUCCUCCAGGCCUGGGCCUGCCUCCAGCUAGCUACCCACCUCCAUCUGUCCCCCCUGGAGGACAGCCACCCGUACCCCCACCCAUCCCCCCACCUGGCAUGCCUCCAGUCGGAGGCCUGGGGCGUGCGGCCUGGAUGAGAUAA